CGCCGCUCCAGAUUAGGAUGGAAAACAAGCUUGGACAAUCCCCUACCUCAGUGUGACACAGUGCAGGGGAGACGACGGAUUCCCUGGCUCAGUGUGUACACACCAACGACACACUACGCGUAUCUGUGUCUGGUGGAGGGAGACUCCGUUCGCGGAGUCUGCUAAAAGUGAGUGAACCUGGUAACCGUCAUUCAAGAGGUGGGGCCAAGAGCUGAGAAACGACAUCUCAGCCAGAAAUAGGGAGUAGAGUGUGAUGCUGAGGCCAGUGACGACAACACAGGCAAACAUGCUGACCAGGACGGUGACUGUGAUUGUGAUGGUGGUGAUGAUCCACCAAGAUGGUCAGGUUUCAGGUUACAACAUCAACACAAAGCUGGCCAGGGUGAUGACUGGACCCAACGACUCUUACUAUGGGUACAGUGUGACUCUGUGGCAAGACCAGCAAGGAGAGAAGAGAGUGGUGGUGGGGGCGCCUCGGGGUAGAAGCUCCCCAGAGGGAGUGCCCAGGGAAAGUAACGCCAUGGGUACCAACUACAGCUUACCACUGGGGAACAUCCAUGUGUGUGGUCCCUUCACUGAUCACUGUCACCCACUGCCUUCACUGCCCAGCCUCUCUUACCAGGACUACAGUGCUCCGGCAGUGAUCUGGGGAGACUCAAUACAGUCACAAGGAAUUGGCUUCGGGGAGACUCUGUAUGCUGCCGACCAUGCCAACUCCAAGCUCCUG